AUGUUGCUAUGGUAAAACUAACCUUUACAAUUUACUUUUGAACUUUUCAAAACGAUAAGAUAUAAGAAUAUAGCUAUGUUGCCUAAAUUUCUUUGAAAUGGCUGGUGGGUUUGAAAUUCUUAUUGAAGAUGAUGAAACUAAUACUAUAUUUCAGUAUGAAAAGCGUGUGAACAAAAUGAAAGGCUCGAUACGAAAUCUUGAAGAUGGGAAAACCUAUCACUUACAGCAAAUGUAUAACUCUGUUGGAAGAGAUAAUUGUGACAUAAACAUUACUUCCCUACCCCUUGGUGGUAGACAUGCAGUUAUUCAAUACAACGAUCAAAUAAACUGUUUUACAAUUGAGGAUUCCCAUUCACCUCACCGUGUAUAUGUUAACGACUGCCGUAUCCAAAAUGCUUCUGUUCGAUUAGCUCAUGGUGAUAUUAUCAGGUUUGGGCAUGGUGGACCAAGAUUUGAUGUACUUCUUGACAUUCAAAGUAAUCCACCAGUAGUUACCCAACAAGCCUGGAAUGACGGUCAUUUAAUAAAAAAUUCAAACCUUCCUUAUCUACCACUUCAAACUUCGACUAACAAUACAAGUAAGCCAUAUUCCACCAUUUCUUAUGGAAGACACAAUGGGUACCAUGGCCAUAACAAACCCACAGAAGUACCAACGAACAUAGUCCCUCAUCCCCCUCCACGGCAACGUCCAGUCAGCGCAAACCCUGCGAAUGGAGUGUUUUUAGCAUCAUCAACACGACCAAUGUCAUCAACACUUCCAAAAGAUUAUUCAGGCUGGAAGACUUCAGAACAAGUCAAAGAAUUAGAAUCCCGAUUAACAAAAAUGGGUGAUAAUUUGAAUCGACUAACAACUCUUGAGAACGAAUGUUAUCAGAAAGAUAAUACCAUCAUGAAUUUACAAAAUGAAGUUGAUAAUCUACGUAGAGCACUUGAUGAUUACAAUAUUUCCAUUGCAGAUGAGCAUGCUCGAAGAUUAGCCAUGUUGCAAUCUCAAGUUACGUAUAAAGAUGAGGAAAUAAGACAUUUACAGGAUGAAAACAGAAGACUGAAAUCAGAGAGGGAUUAUUCUAACUAUUCAACCAAUCAAAUAGCAGAUAUGAAAACACAGUUAUCACGUCAUGAACAAAACAUUGCCAUGAUGGAAACUGAAAUGCGGAAAGCUAAUCAGGAGAAAUCACAAAUGGCCAUGUUAGUGAAUACAUUGCAAAAAGAAAUUACAGCAAAAGAUGUGCUCUUGAAGAAAGCCAAAACAGAGACAGAAAAAUAUAAAGUUGAUAAUCGAAACAAACAAUUGGAAAUUUCCACCCUAGCAGCAAAGAUUGCGAAGCAAACUGCUGUUCGUGAAGCAGAAAUAGAAUUAAAAAAGAGAGAAGAAGAAAUUGGAAACCUACGUUAUAGAUUACGAACAACAGAAGAAAAAUUAAAUAAGCAUUUAUCAACAUUCUCAGAAAUUGAAGAUUCGUUGUCUCAAUCUACUUACACCGUGUCAGAAUUUGAAAAGACCAAUAAAUCUUUGCAUGAUGAGUUGCAACAUUCAAGAAUACGCUGCAGUCAGCUUGAACGUGACGAACAAGCAAUGAGAAUUGAACUUCAAAAUUUUAAACGAAAGUAUGAUAAGUUUCAUAAAAGAAUUGCAGAGUUUAUUGGUCAAGAAGGCAAGAAGUUUUCAUCUGUUCUUGAAGAUGAAGAUGUGGUUAACUAUAUACAUGAAUUGAAAGAUGAGCGAGACAAUGCACAAAACAGACUAGAAGAAGUACUAACAGAAAAGCUUCGAUUGGAGGAGGAACAAGUCGAUAAUUCAUCAUUGGAUAUGUUACGUGAUAUAUUGUCUGGCAUAGAAAAGAGGCUAAUACAAAAUGGUAGAUCAUGUAAAUAUUUGCAAAAUGAGUUAAAUCUGAUACAAAACUUUGAGGUUCCAGAUCAGUUGCAUUGGAUAAAGAGCUUUAUCACAGCUUUGUUAUCGCAAGAGUAUGAUUGGGAACAAGAAAUAGAAAAUGCUUUAGAAUCAAUGAUCGACGAAACAGCAGAUCAAGGAAUUGAUCCAUCUGUGUUGAUUAAACGUUUGCACGAAAAAUUAAAUAUUAAUGCAAAUCAAAUCCAUGACCUGGAAGUCAGAUAUGCUAUUAGUCCCAGAAGGCGUUAUAAAAGGAUAAAUUCAUCCGAAUACGAACAAUCCCAACUGUACAAUGAUCUAAAGGAAAAAAUCAAAGAAAAAUACAAGAAGAAAACCGAGAAGGCUUUAAAAGAAUAUAAAAGCGCUGAGGAGAUUAAAUUUGAAAAUAGAAUGCGUGAAGUGUUGGAGGAAGAACAGGAGAAGUUAUCAUCAGCUUUGCAAACACAAAAAGAACUUUAUGAAAGCGAACUUGGUAGCGUUUCCAAUUUAUCAAUCAAAAUUGAAUCAUUAAAGUUGGAACAUAGAAAAGCGAGGGACGAAUUUCACAAGCUACAAAAAGAUUUGGAAACGUCGAGAAGAAAUGAGGCGUCGCUUGAACAAAAACUGAAAGAAAAGGACAUGGCUUUUACAAUUAAGGAAGAAAUUCUAGAGAAGAAAAUAAGAGCCAAAGAAAUGAAUGAAUUGAAAAUGUACAAGGAUCGCGACCACGAAUACACAUUAACGAUCACUUCAUUAGAGAACACUAUUCUUGAUAUCAACAAAGAAAAGAAAGAAUUAGAAUAUCAACUAAUGAAUAUGCAGGGAUUGGUGAAAGAGCAAAAGCAUGACCAAAAGAAACUGAAGAAAGAAGAACAACAAAACUUUUCAAAAAUAAAGAAUGAGAUGAAAGAAUUAAACAGUUUGAACCAAACCUUAAGAGAUGAGAUUGUAGCACUCAAGAAAGAACGCGAUGAUCACAAAGAAGUCUCCAGAACUUUAAAGAAUGACUUAGAAGGUUUAUCAGCAAAACUGACAGAUUUAAAAGGAGAGCUUCAGGAAGAAAAUAAGCAAAAGAUGGAGAGCCUGGAAGAGAAAACAAAAAUGCAAGAAAAAGAUCUUAAAGAACAUCGCAAGCAGUUACUGCAGAUGUCAGCACUUGUGGAGGAACAGAAAACCAAAAUUAUUGAGCAGGAUAAGAAACUUAUGAAACACAACAAUACGUUGGCUUCUCAAGCAGAUGGUUUAAGAGAAAGUCAAGUAAUGAGUGAAGAAAAAGAAGCGGGUAGAAAGAGUGUUAGGUUUGAUACAACACCACCCUCUGCAGCUGACAUGGUUGGCAUAGCAGAACGUUGUCUUAGCAAGAGACACGAACAGGUUAUUGCUAAACAAAAAGCAGCAUUAACAGAUCUGCGAGAAUCUUUGGCCAAGCUAGAACAUAUACAACCACCAAUACUGGCGCACAAUACGGCUUUGCAGCAUAUAUCUGAGAUGAAGAGAGAAAACAUCGCGCUCAAAGCACAGCUAGCUGUCAAAGAAAAUUUCUCUUCGAAAUCCGAUCAAGAGCUUUAUGAAGAGGUGUGUCGAUGUAGAGAAGAUUUAGCGUUGGCUUUCCAUGAAAACAAUCUGGAGAAACAUGCUCAUCGUGAAGCACAAGAAGCUUUGCACAUCUCUGAAGAACUGUAUUUGCGAUGUAUUCGUACGAUUAGUACAGAAUUAGAUAUCCAACACAUACUGGGAUGCAAACCACUCGGAUACGUAAAUAGUGCGGAAAGGGAAGAUAUUUUAAAAGAAAGAAGCAAGGCUUUGGAUAUCGUUCUGCAAAGACUAAAGGUUUUGCAUUCUCGAUUGGAAAGAAAGGAUAAUUUGUUAGAAAGUUACGAUGAUGAUCUGAAAGUUUUAAGAGAAACCGAACAAUAUGCAGGAAAGAAAACAGCUCAAGUGAAGAAUUUAGAAGUCGAAGUCAGUCAGUACAAAGACGAAAUAUCCUACCUUCAGGAAGCUUUAAAAAAAUGUCGCAACGAGUUGGACGAUCAAACUAGAAUGAACACAGCGUUAAAACAGAGGAAGAUGUUUCUGAUGGACUAUAAAGAAGACACGCCGCCCAAACAACAUAAUUGUUAUGUAGACAAACAAAAAAAGUUUAAGGACGAUCAGAAGAGUAAAAAGAAAGAUGAAUUGCUUAAAAAGAGAAAAUUUGAAAUCGAGAAUCUAAAACAUCAACUUUGGAAAGCUGAUAUGGAGCUAAGCAAUGCAAAUUACAAAUUGCAAGAAGUCUCAAAGGAGAAGAAUUCGCGAUACGCAGACGAUGCAGACACAACAAACGAUUCUAUAACAGAAUUAAGUUACAUGGCUUCACAAAAUGCGGCAAAUCUCAUCGGUAGAUGUUUUAAUCCCUGUAAUUAUUGAUCCCCUAAGUUAUCUAUUUAUUACCAUUUUAACUGUAAUUUAAUAACAGUGCGUAAAAGUUUUUUGAUUUCUUACUUUA